AUGGGUAGCACAUCCCUCCCCACGACUAUGAAAGCCCUCGUCACGCCCUCCCAAGGCGCGCCCGCCGAAGUCCGUGACAACGUUUCUCUUCCUGAACCUUCGCCCACCCAAGUCCUCGUCAGAACUCUCUACGCCGCCAUCAACCCGGUCGACGUUUUUACCACGCAAAUGGGCCUCCUCGUUGAGUCCUGGCCCUUCGUCCCAGGCUGCGAAGCAUCCGGCAUUGUCGUCAAAGCCGGUAAUGAAGCGCGCAAUGCCCUCGGCGGCUAUUUCAAAAAAGGUGAUAUCGUUGCGGGAUGCGCCAGGCUGGGAGUCGAGGGGCAUGGGACAUUCGCAGAGUAUUUUCUAUUGGAUGCUGAGGUGGCGUUACCAAAACCGGACAGUCUGACGGCGGCGCAGGCGAGUACGGUUGCUGUGGGGGCUUUGACUGCGUUUCUAGGGGUGUUUGGGGAAUUAGGAAUUAGUAUUGAGGGGCUUGAGGAGGGUAAGGGGGAAGGGGAGGGAAAGUGGGUGAUUGUGUUUGGUGGAGCAGGUGCGGUGGGUAGAUAUGCGGUGCAAACGCUGAAGUUGGCUGGGUAUAAGGUUGUGGCUUCUUGCUCGGCAGGUUCAGUUGAGCUGCUCAAGUCGCUCGGCGCAGAUGCAACGAUCGACUAUAAGAAAUCGGCAGAUGAUAUCGUCGAAGAAGUCAAGCGCAUUACAGAAGAGAAGGUCGACCUCGCCUUCGACGCAGUGUCGGUCAACAACGACCUCGUAACCAAGAUCUUCACAGCUAUCCCCUCUUCCUCUGGCCGGCGCCUCUACACUACUACGAACGACUGGGACCCUGCGCCCGACGCAUCUCUGGGUUUCACCACCAAACCCAUCGAGCUAGGGCCACUCGGGCGUCCUUCAGCUGCUGAGCUAAAUAGCAAGUUGACCUCAUGGAUCCCGGUAGUCUACAGGUUAUUGGAGAGCGGUAAACUAAAGGUCGGGGGAUAUAGCGUUGAAGGCGAGGGCAUAGAUGGUAUCCCGAAAGCAUGGGAGGCACAGAAGAGUGGAAGGUUGGGGAGCAAGAAGGUCAUCGCCAAGCUGGCUGACGAGUAA